AUCUAAACUGAGUCUAUACCAUACCCUUUGUUGAAGUUGAAAAACUGCUGAGUAAUUGAAAAUCCUGGGAAUGGUUAUUACUAAGGACAAAGUGCAGUUGGCUUCCCGUUUGCCUAAAGCAGCAUGCUGAUGAUGUAACUUCAUCUUUUAGCCAAUGGCCAGCGUUUUGCUUAUCAAACUACAGUAGAUAAAAUAAAUAAGGUAUCACGGGAAGAGAAAGCCAGACAGGGCUGCUGGCUCAGUUGCAGUCAAAAUGAAGAAUAAAUCUACCAAUCUGCGUGUGCGGCUCCCUGCACUAAUUUUUGCAUUGGAGGUCAUGAUUGUGGUUCUUUAUGCAGUCUUUGUGACGUACGAAGAUGAUGCUAAUGCACUUCUACAGAACAAUCAGACGCGGCCCAUGGAGAACUCAUUGUAUCAGAACUAUCCGUUUUUUACUGACAUUCAGGUGAUGAUAUUUCUCGGAUUCGGCUGCCUUCUGGCUUUUUUCCGGCGCUAUGGUUUCGGCGGAAUGGUGUUUAAUUUCCUAAUCGCCACAUUUACCAUUCAGUGGGCCAUUCUGGUCCAGGGCUUCUUUCAGUUUUACUAUGAUGGGAAGAUUCAUCUUGGUGUGCUGAAUUUGAUCAAUGCUGAGUUUGCCUGUGCAGUCGUGCUGAUUUCUUUUGGAGCAGUGUUGGGAAAGACAAGCCCUGUGCAACUCCUGAUCAUGGCCGUGCUGGAGAUUCCUGUGUUUGGUGUCACAGAAUGGGCUGUAAUGAAGUACCUGAAGAUCAACGACGCUGGUGGCUCGAUCCUCAUCCACAUUUUUGCCUGCUACUUCGGACUGGGUGUCACCUUUGUUCUGUACAGGCCCAGCCUAAAUGAGGGACACCCAAAAGAGACAGUAAGUUACCAAUCAGAUCUGCUAUCUGUAAUGGGAACCCUGUUCCUCUGGGUGUUCUGGCCGUCUUUCAACUCAGCUCUGACCUUCAAGGGAGACGACCAGCACCGAGCCGUUCUCCACACGUUUAUAGGUCUCAGUGCCUCCACGAUCACCGCCUUCGCCCUGUCCAGCCUGCUUAGCAAGAACGGCAAGAUCAGCAUGGCUGACGUGCAGAACGUAACGCUGGCCGGUGGCGUAACUGUCGGUGCUUCGGUGGACAUGAUGAUUUCGCCAGUUGCUGCUUAUGUGCUGGGGAUCCUGGGAUGCAUUGCGUGCAUGCUGGGGUACAAAUACUUGAGCCCAUUUUUGGCGCACCGGCUGCGGUUACAAGAUCAGUGCGGCAUACACAACCUGCACGGCUUGACAGGACUCAUUUCCAGCCUAGCAGGAAUCUGUGCAAUUCUGCUGGCGAAUGAGGAAACGUAUGGCCCCAGUCUCUACCAGACCUUUUCUCAUCGGGCCCCUCCAGAGGGAGAUCCUCUGCUAGCAGAGUUGCAGGAAUUCAUCCCAGAUCUGGAAGCGGGUUUGGGUCGGACCGCACAGGAACAGGCCCUCUUUCAGGUGGCUGCUGUGUGCGGGACUAUUGCGGUGGCAGCAGUGGGGGGUUUGCUGACUGGUGUGGUACUCAAGCUACCGUAUCUGGCUUCCCCCAGCGAUGAGAAAUGCUUUGAUGAUGAGCUCUUCUUCAAUGUUCCUCCAGAUUACAACUGCGUAAGCGGGCCGCAGGACGUAUGGUCCUAUGUUCUCAGAGACACAAACAUAACUAAUGCUGACUGGUGCAAUAAAAACACUGAGCAGGAGGAAGAUGAAUAAAUGGCAGUGUAGGACUGUUGUGAACUUCAAAACUGAGUACUGUGUAACUUGUUAACUGUAAUUGUAUUUACUCAAAAAAAUAUUGUAAUAUUUGAUGGGAUGAGGUUUGUAUGAAAGCCCAUUUCCACCACUGAAUAAAAAAUAAAGGUUAUUGCUACUUCAUAUUUUACAAUGCUGCCAAUUUUUCUCAGAAUUGUGAGAUACAAACUCGCAAUUCAAGUUAUAAAGUCAGAAUUGCGAGAAUAUAAACUCACAAUUGUGAUUUUUUUUUUGCUAUUUUUUUCUUGCAAAUACGAGUUUGUAUCUCACAAUUGCAAGAUUAUAUCUUGCAAUUCUGACGUUUUUUCUCAGCAUUGCAUGAUAUGAACUCACAACUGCAAUGUUUUACUUUUCUUGCAAAUACAAGUCUCGCAAUUCUUUUUUCUCACUAUUGCACAUUUAUAUCUCGCAAUUCUGAUGUUUUUUUCUCACAAUUCUGACUUUUCUCAUAAUUGUGAGAUAUGAACUCGCAGUUGGGAUUUUUUGCAUUUCUUUCUCUUAAUUGCGAGUUUGUAACUCACAAUUGUGUGACAAACUCAGUUUUUGCUCAUUUUUCUGGAACAUGCAAGUUUGUCUGGCAAAGCUUUUUUUCUUGCAAGUGCAAGUUUAUAUCUCGCAAUUCUGACGUUUUUUCUCGCAAUUCUGAUAAAAAGUCACAAAUACCUUUUUUUAUUUUGUAUUCAGUGGCAGAAACAGGCUUUUGUAGGUUUGUAUACUGUGUAUCAAAAUAUAUAAAGUGUAUGUUCAAUUUUGAAAUUUUUUUGUAUUUGUAUAUUUUUUUUGAAUCAGCAAAUAUUUCUAUGUACCACUUAAUCGCUGAACCACUUUUCAUUUAUACAUUGUAGAUAACCUUUGUGAAAAACAAGUACACU